GAGCUCCCAUGGAAGGCCAGGGGGAACCCCCCAAUCAGCGCGCAGCGCUCCCUCUCAUUGCCGCGCCCGACGCCGCCCCUACGGUCCCCGGAGGCCGCAGUGAUUACUUCGGCCGCCUCCCCGACCACCUCCUCCUCCGCAUCCUCGUCCGGCUCUCCACGGAGGAAGCCGCCCAGACUAGCGCCCUCUCUCAGCGAUGGCGCGGCGUAUGGGCUCAAAUUCCCCGGCUCAAAUUCUACCUCAUGGAAUCCUCCGUUCCUGCCGGUGCCCUCGCCGUCUACGGGGACCACGGGGAGCUCGACAUCAACAGAGUCACCGUCUACUCGAACCAGAUGGACGCGCAGCCUACCGCCUCCUGGCUGUCCCUCGCCGCGCCCCGCCUCUCCGGCGUGCUCUACUUCAACAACAGCCAUGCUAUGUCGCGGGAGACACUACAGCUGUUUCUGCACGACGCCGAGGAGGCGGUGAUGCGAAGAGGAGCGUUUGAGUUGCCCUGCUUCAAGAAAGCCGUCGUGAUUCGGAUGGACCUUGGGUUUCUUGGUAUAGCGCUGCCACCGGCUGGCGUCUUCCAUGCGCUCAGGGUGAUGCGGCUGGAGCACUUCUGGUUCCGAGGCCAACUUACCUUGAUCGAUACCAUGCUUCCGUCAUUGCGAGAUCUAUUCAUCCGCAGGGUCCGUGGGUUGACCAUACUGAUGCUCAGCUCCAAGUAUCUGCUGGAUAUUCAUCUGUGCCUCCUCCCUGAGCUUCGGCGGCUCAACAUCCUGGCUCCAAGGCUGGAGGAGCUAGAGGUGACCGGCUGCUUUUAUGUGCCGGAAUCAGUUGCCAGGAUUGGUGCGGAGAGAUUGGAGAUUCUCAAGUGGGAAGUGUCUUGUGUUCCAGAGCUCGGAGAGAUGCCACACCUCCGCGAGCUGAGAGUCCCUCCUAUUACCACGGAUUGGUCGGAAGAUUUUUGUGCAGACCUUAAUUGCUUUCCAGCAGCCAACCAUCUCGCGCUUGCGAUAAUUCUUGGUCUGCGGAUGAAUGGGCUGCCGCUCUUGAUGGAAGACAUAACCAUCCCUUGUGUGAAUGUAUUAUGGUUACACUUAGAAACAAACGAUCAUGUUUUUGAAGGAAGAGUAUUGCAGUUGCUCACAAAGUCUGGCAUAAGAGAGCUGCACCUAUACUUCCAAGUUCGAGAUGAGGUGCAAGACUUCUACUCACCAGAUUGCAUCUGCCACAAAUCUAGACCAUUCUUCAACAACAGCCAUACUGUGUCGCGGGAGACACUACAGCUGUUUCUGCACGACGUCAAGGAGGUGGUGAUGCGAAGAGGCGCGUUUGAGUUGCCCUGCUUCAACAAAGCCACCGUGAUUCGGAUGGACCUCGGGUUUCUUGGUACAGCGCUGCCACCGGCUGGCGUCUUCCAUGCGCUCAGGGUGAUGCGGCUGGAGCACUUCUGGUUCCAAGGCCAACUUAGCUUGAUUGAUACCAUGCUUCCAUCGUUGCGAGAUCUAUUCAUCCGCAGGGUCCGUGGGUUGACCAUACUGAUGCUCAGCUCCAAGUCUCUGCUGGAUAUUCAUCUUUGCCUCCUCCCUGAGCUUCGGCGGCUCAACAUCCUGGCUCCAAGGCUGGAGGAGUUAGAGGUGACGGGCUGCUUUUAUGUGCCGGAAUCAGUUGCCAGCGUUGCUGCGGAGAGAUUGGAGAUUCUCAAGUGGGAAGUGCCUUGUGUUCCAGAGCUUGGAGAGAUGCCACACCUCCGCAUGGAAGGCCAGGGCGAAGCCCCCAACCAGCGCGCCGCGCUCCCCCUUGUGGCCGCCCCUACGAUCCCCGGAGGCGGCAGUGAUUACUUCAGCCGCCUCCCCGACCACCUCCUCGUACACAUCCUCCUCCGGAUCCCCACCAAGAAAGCCGUUGAGAUGAGCGCCCUCUCCCAGCGAUGGCGCGGUGUAUGGACACAACUCCCCAUCCUCAAAUUCGAUGGCGUUGAAUCAUCCGUUCCUGCUCAUGCCCUCACCGUCUACAGGGCCCACGGAGGGCUCGACAUCCACAGGUUCACCGUCUACACGAACCAGAUGGACGCGCAGGAUGCCGCCGCCUGGCUGUCCCUCCUAGCGCCCCUGCUCACCGGUAGGCUCUACUUCGACAACACUGAUGAUGUGUCACCGGAGACACUGCAGCUUCUUCUGCAGGAGGAGGAGGCGGAGGUGCCAAGAGACGCUUUUGAGUUGCCCUGCUUCAAGAAGGCUACCGAAAUUUGGAUGGACCUUGGGUUUCUUUGCUUAGCGAUGCCACCAGCUGCCGUGUUUGAUGUGCUCAGGGUGAUGUGGCUCGAGCGCUUCUGGUUCCGAGGCCAAUUUAGCUUGAGCGAUACCAUGCUUCCCUCAUUACAAAAACUAACCAUCCGCAGGGUCCGUGAGUUGGUCAGGCUGAUGCUCAACUCCAAGUCUCUGUUGUAUAUUCAGUUGUCACUCCUAGUUGAGAUUCGACGUAUCAACAUUCUGGCUCCAAGGCUUGAGGAGUUAGACGUGACGAGCUGCUUUUAUGGUGUGCCAGAACCAGUGGCAAGCAUUGAUGCAGAGAGAUUACAGAUACUCAGGUGGGAAGUGCCUUGUGUUCCAAAACCUGUCUCCCUCAGAAAAAUACCACAUCUCUUGGUGCUCGGAGCCCCUCCCAUUUCCACUCUUCGGCCGGAAAAGAUUUGUGCAGACUUUCUUGAUUGCUUUCCAGUUGUUGACCGCCUCGAGCUUCAAAUAAGUCUUGGUGUGAGUGCUUCUUCCUCUUCCUCUUGCACUAACUGUUCUAUCACCAACUCUUGGAAUUAGAAAAACAGGUUUAAAUGGAGCAAAGGAAGCAGCAAUAGGAGUUCAGACUCUGAACUUCAGAGGCAGCACUGUUGGUAUUUGUAGGAUAUAAUUUCAGUGGUUUUGAGUUUGCACAUUUGCAGGUGUGCAAAUAUCCUUCAGGGGCAGCAUUGUUGGUUCUGCUACCAGUGGUUUUGACUUCCGAUUAGGAUAUUGUACUGGUAUUUUCCUAGUUUUGUGCAUAUAUGCAAGGAUUGUUAGAAAGUUAAGUAAGGUUGCAGUUUUUAAAUCUGCCACUGAGAUUGGAAAUCCACUGUAGAUCAAGAAAUGAAACUUGGAAUGGUUGAUCACUCCGUGUCCCACUAAUUUCCAAUGGUCUGCGACGAGAACUUCAUUUAAACAUUCAGUUUGCUGUCACUUGUCUUCGGUGUGUAAUGUCAAGUUUACAGUUGUCUGUGCUAGUACACUUGGGAAGCUACACAUUUGAAAUAUGCCUAUGUUCGAGUCUCUCUGGGUUCUCAAGACUGGAAAAAACAUCUUUACUUUCGUGCCACUUCAUAAUCAGUUUACUGGAGUUCACAUGGUGAAUUGGCGAACUUAUGAAACUACUUCCUUUCUGUUUCUUGAUGUCGACUAGUGCAAACAUGUCUGUCAAGCCGCUGAUGAAUGGGUCGCCGCUCUUGAUGGAAGGCAUAAUCAUCCCUUAUGUGAAAGUAUUGUGGUUAUACUUGGAAACAAAUGGUCAUGUUUAUGAAGGAAGAGUAUUGCAGUUGCUCACAAAGUGUUCUGGUAUUACAGAGCUGAACCUAUCGUUCCAAGUUCGAGAUGAGGUGCAGGAUUUAUGUUUACCAGACUGCAUCUGCCACAAUGAAUCUGGAAUUUGGGAAGCUAAGGUCGUUCUUAUGAGGGCUCUAAAGAACGUAGAUAUCGCCAACUUCCAUGGGAGUCCACGUGAAGUUCACGUUGUGGACCAGCUGGUGCGAAGGGCACCGAGGCUCGAAGUAUUGAGAGUAUUCUCGAAUGUCACUGAUCAUUCAUUGGAAGGCAUUCCAUGCUUAUGCCCUCCGGGAUGUAACUUCCAUAUUUAUUACUGGGAUACUAGAAGCAAAGAGUGGAACAACUAGUGCUAAGGGCGCCUGAGCCUUGAAGUACUAACAAUAACCAUGAUUGGGUAUCAUACAUUGAGCGGCAUUGCGAGCUCAUGCCCUCCAGAGUGUAUAAUCAAUAUUGUAGAGAUACUAGAAGCAAAGAGGAAUAGGCAGAUGUGAUCUCUGACUUGCUAUUAGAACCCUUAAGCAUACAUAUACAUGUUCAUUGUAAAUUUUCGGUACGGACCAUCGUGUACGCGGUGGGUGUAUUUGGAUCACGAAUGAUGACUGAGGUUGAAGAAUCUCGUAUAUUGGGUUCGUGAUUGUGGGUCAGUUCA